UUGUCAACACUCGAAUGUAAAACAAAUAAUCUUAGAUUUUUUGCCAAGCACCGAAACAGCAACUGUUUGUAAAAUAGCAUAAAUUAUUUAUUAAAUUCAUUAAAAACUACCGAGAAAUGGCAGCAAAAGUAGCGAGCGGUACAAACAAGGUGUUCCAGAACCACGAUGACGUGCACAUCUCCUUCGAGGACCAGCAGCGGAUCAACCGCUUUGCCAAGCACAAUGCCCGCAUGGACGACUUCAAGGCCGAGCUGGAAAUGAAGCGCAAUGAGCUGAAGUGCGUGGAGGAGGCUCUGGAGGAGAUUGAGCUGUUCGAUGAGGACGAGGACAUACCGUUCCUGGUGGGCGAGGUGUUCCUCUCGCACAAGCUGGAAAAAACGCAGGAUCUGCUGAAGGAGACCAAGGAUCAGGUGCUCAAGGAGAUCGCAGGCGUGGAGGCCAAGGCCAAGGUUAUUAAGGCAGAAAUGGACGAGCUGAAGGCCCAUUUGUAUCAGCGCUUUGGUAGCAACAUCUCUCUGGAAAGCGAUGACUAAUUUACACACCCUCAUCAUUGUGCAUUUAACGAUUUACAAAAUAGAGUACAUUUAAUUUAAA